AUGCCUUUUGAGGCGCCUCAAAAGCCCUCUCCACUCCCACUCCCCCUCCCUUUAAUGCCUUUUGAGGCGCCUCAAAAGCCCUCUCCACUCCCACUCCCCCUCCCUUUAAUGCCUUUUGAGGCGCCUCAAAAGCCCUCUCCACUCCCACUCCCUCUCCCUUUCAUGCCUUUUGAGGUGCCUCAAAAGCCCUCUCCACUCCCACUCCCCCUCCCUUUCAUGCCUUUUGAGGCGCCUCAAAAGCCCUCUCCACUCCCACUCCCCCUCCCUUUAAUGCCUUUUGAGGCGCCUCAAAAGCCCUCUCCACUCCCACUCCCCCUCCCUUUAAUGCCUUUUGAGGCGCCUCAAAAGCCCUCUCCACUCCCACUCCCCCUCCCUUUCAUGCCUUUUGAGGCGCCUCAAAAGCCCUCUCCACUCCCACUCCCCCUCCCUUUCAUGCCUUUUGAGCCCUCUCCACUCCCACUCCCCCUCCCUUUAAUGCCUUUUGAGGCGCCUCAAAAGCCCUCUCCACUCCCACUCCCCCUCCCUUUAAUGCCUUUUGAGGCGCCUCAAAAGCCCUCUCCACUCCCACUCCCCCUCCCUUUAAUGCCUUUUGAGGCGCCUCAAAAGCCCUCUCCACUCCCACUCCCUCUCCCUUUCAUGCCUUUUGAGGUGCCUCAAAAGCCCUCUCCACUCCCACUCCCCCUCCCUUUCAUGCCUUUUGAGGCGCCUCAAAAGCCCUCUCCACUCCCACUCCCCCUCCCUUUAAUGCCUUUUGAGGCGCCUCAAAAGCCCUCUCCACUCCCACUCCCCCUCCCUUUAAUGCCUUUUGAGGCGCCUCAAAAGCCCUCUCCACUCCCACUCCCCCUCCCUUUCAUGCCUUUUGAGGCGCCUCAAAAGCCCUCUCCACUCCCACUCCCCCUCCCUUUCAUGCCUUUUGAGGUGCCUCAAAAGCCCUCUCCACUCCCACUCCCUCUCCCUUUCAUGCCUUUUGAGGUGCCUCAAAAGCCCUCUCCACUCCCACUCCCCCUCCCUUUCAUGCCUUUUGAGGCGCCUCAAAAGCCCUCUCCACUCCCACUCCCCCUCCCUUUAAUGCCUUUUGAGGCGCCUCAAAAGCCCUCUCCACUCCCACUCCCCCUCCCUUUAAUGCCUUUUGAGGCGCCUCAAAAGCCCUCUCCACUCCCACUCCCUCUCCCUUUCAUGCCUUUUGAGGUGCCUCAAAAGCCCUCUCCACUCCCACUCCCCCUCCCUUUAAUGCCUUUUGAGGCGCCUCAAAAGCCCUCUCCACUCCCACUCCCCCUCCCUUUAAUGCCUUUUGAGGCGCCUCAAAAGCCCUCUCCACUCCCACUCCCUCUCCCUUUCAUGCCUUUUGAGGUGCCUCAAAAGCCCUCUCCACUCCCACUCCCCCUCCCUUUCAUGCCUUUUGAGGCGCCUCAAAAGCCCUCUCCACUCCCACUCCCCCUCCCUUUAAUGCCUUUUGAGGCGCCUCAAAAGCCCUCUCCACUCCCACUCCCCCUCCCUUUAAUGCCUUUUGAGGCGCCUCAAAAGCCCUCUCCACUCCCACUCCCCCUCCCUUUCAUGCCUUUUGAGCCCUCUCCACUCCCACUCCCCCUCCCUUUCAUGCCUUUUGAGGUGCCUCAAAAGCCCUCUCCACUCCCACUCCCCCUCCCUUUCAUGCCUUUUGAGGCGCCUCAAAAGCCCUCUCCACUCCCACUCCCCCUCCCUUUCAUGCCCUUUGAGGCGCCUCAAAAGCCCUCUCCACUCCCACUCCCCCUCCCUUUAAUGCCUUUUGAGGCGCCUCAAAAGCCCUCUCCACUCCCACUCCCUCUCCCUUUCAUGCCUUUUGAGGUGCCUCAAAAGCCCUCUCCACUCCCACUCCCCCUCCCUUUCAUGCCUUUUGAGGCGCCUCAAAAGCCCUCUCCACUCCCACUCCCCCUCCCUUUAAUGCCUUUUGAGGCGCCUCAAAAGCCCUCUCCACUCCCACUCCCUCUCCCUUUCAUGCCUUUUGAGGUGCCUCAAAAGCCCUCUCCACUCCCACUCCCCCUCCCUUUCAUGCCUUUUGAGGCGCCUCAAAAGCCCUCUCCACUCCCACUCCCCCUCCCUUUAAUGCCUUUUGAGGCGCCUCAAAAGCCCUCUCCACUCCCACUCCCCCUCCCUUUAAUGCCUUUUGAGGCGCCUCAAAAGCCCUCUCCACUCCCACUCCCCCUCCCUUUCAUGCCUUUUGAGCCCUCUCCACUCCCACUCCCCCUCCCUUUCAUGCCUUUUGAGGUGCCUCAAAAGCCCUCUCCACUCCCACUCCCCCUCCCUUUCAUGCCUUUUGAGGCGCCUCAAAAGCCCUCUCCACUCCCACUCCCCCUCCCUUUCAUGCCCUUUGAGGCGCCUCAAAAGCCCUCUCCACUCCCACUCCCCCUCCCUUUAAUGCCUUUUGAGGCGCCUCAAAAGCCCUCUCCACUCCCACUCCCUCUCCCUUUCAUGCCUUUUGAGGUGCCUCAAAAGCCCUCUCCACUCCCACUCCCCCUCCCUUUCAUGCCUUUUGAGGCGCCUCAAAAGCCCUCUCCACUCCCACUCCCCCUCCCUUUAAUGCCUUUUGAGGCGCCUCAAAAGCCCUCUCCACUCCCACUCCCCCUCCCUUUAAUGCCUUUUGAGGCGCCUCAAAAGCCCUCUCCACUCCCACUCCCCCUCCCUUUCAUGCCUUUUGAGGCGCCUCAAAAGCCCUCUCCACUCCCACUCCCCCUCCCUUUCAUGCCCUUUGAGGCGCCUCAAAAGCCCUCUCCACUCCCACUCCCCCUCCCUUUAAUGCCUUUUGAGGCGCCUCAAAAGCCCUCUCCACUCCCACUCCCCCUCCCUUUAAUGCCUUUUGAGGCGCCUCAAAAGCCCUCUCCACUCCCACUCCCCCUCCCUUUAAUGCCUUUUGAGGCGCCUCAAAAGCCCUCUCCACUCCCACUCCCUCUCCCUUUCAUGCCUUUUGAGGUGCCUCAAAAGCCCUCUCCACUCCCACUCCCCCUCCCUUUCAUGCCUUUUGAGGCGCCUCAAAAGCCCUCUCCACUCCCACUCCCCCUCCCUUUAAUGCCUUUUGAGGCGCCUCAAAAGCCCUCUCCACUCCCACUCCCCCUCCCUUUAAUGCCUUUUGAGGCGCCUCAAAAGCCCUCUCCACUCCCACUCCCCCUCCCUUUAAUGCCUUUUGAGGCGCCUCAAAAGCCCUCUCCACUCCCACUCACCCUCCCUUUAAUGCCUUUUGAGGCGCCUCAAAAGCCCUCUCCACUCCCACUCCCCCUCCCUUUAAUGCCUUUUGAGGCGCCUCAAAAGCCCUCUCCACUCCCACUCCCCCUCCCUUUCAUGCCUUUUGAGGCGCCUCAAAAGCCCUCUCCACUCCCACUCCCCCUCCCUUGA